GUUACUCGUGUGUAUGCAGAUUACUACUAACAUUCGACUAGACGGCGUCUUUUUUUCUAGCUAGCUUAAAUAGAAAAUCACGAACGAACAUUAAUGGCCAUUAAUUUGCUCACUCUACGAAAUUCGAAUAAACAGUACUUGAGAUAUUUUCUACUCGCGCUUAAUAAAACAAACGAAACCUAAGCCAGUCGAGAUUGUUUGGGCGGGGAGACUUUUUGGGAUCCGUCCGGCACGAUCAGUCCAAAUCGAGCAGCGAUCAGAGAAGCAUGGCGAGAUCAGGGAGUAGUUCGAGGUUUCUUAUCGGCAGGCCUUGCUGUUCGCUGGUUACGGGUCUUAUCUGCCUGGCUCUGGUGCACUCAGUCCGAGUUCCAGAACGCAGCCCUAACACUCUUGCGGAAAACACAAUUCAGGCGGUGGAGAGGCUCUUCAACCAGGUGCUCUACGCGACCAUCGAGGAUGCCCGCCAAAGACUUCCGAGUCACCCAGCCAACGAAACCAUCGAUCGGCAGUACUUCGAGGAGCUCGACCUGGUUGCUGGGAACGAGGACUACUACAGCACUGCGUUCUAUAUCUUCGCCUGGAUAAACAGCGACCUCAUGUACCACAAUACUCCCGACAAAUUGCUCAUUGAGGUUCUGCCCGGCGAGAAGAUCGCCAUCCGAAGAUUCUUCGGCAAGGUCAAGCCGCAUCUCACCAAGUAUCUGCGAAGCAGUCGGCAGGAGAGGGCUGAACUGGUUGCCAAUAUCAGCCAAUUAGCCAACGAAACUGGCGACAGUCUGAUCACAACCUUCUUGGAGUUUCCCCAGAACCUCAAGAGCCAGCUUCCCGAGCUCCAGCUAAUGGACUACACCAAACUGGCUCAGGCUUUAGUGCAGGGGGUGGCCAGUGGUAUUUGGACGAAAGCCUUAAAUACAUAGAAAACGAUUUAGACGAUGUUUGUAAUAAAAUGAGGCAUUGAUUAGAAAUGUACUCCAAAGAAAAAUA